CCCCGAGACCGACGAUCCGCGGGGCCGCGAGUCUUCCGGGAGUGCGAGCCAGGUGACGGCCGCCUCCUGGGCGUGAGGCGGGCAGCCUGCGAUUGUGGUCCCCACCCCGGGAGAUCUGGAACCCGGGUGACCGCGUAGGAAUCUCAAACUCACCACGACCAAAUGGAAUCACAUCUUCACCCAAGACAGUUCCUGGUGUAACAGUUGUCCAGCUGGGGCAGAAACCUUUGUCCUGCUGGUCUUGGCGACCUCCUCAGUCUUCAAGUCCCAGCUUGAAUUUCACUUUCUCUGUGGUUCCUUCCUUCACUAAAUGCAGAAAUGAGUACAGACGCAGAACAACAGCUUCUCCAUCAUGCCAGAAACGGUAACGCUGAAGAAGUAAGACAGCUGUUAGAAACCAUGGAAAGCAAAGAAGUAAUUGCUGACAUUAACUGCAAAGGAAGAAGUAAGUCUAAUUUGGGCUGGACACCUCUUCACCUGGCGUGCUAUUUUGGACAUAGACAGGUGGUCCAGGAUCUAUUAAAGGCUGGUGCGGAAGUAAAUAUAUUAAAUGACAUGGGAGACACACCACUUCAUCGGGCUGCCUUUACCGGACGAAAGGAGUUGGUAAUGCUUCUUUUAGAGCACAAUGCUGAUACUACUGUUGUUAAUGGGAAUGGACAGACAGCAAAGGAGGUCACUCAUGACAAAGAAAUCAGAAACAUGCUUGAAGCUGUAGAAAGGACUCAACAAAGAAAGCUUGAAGAAUUACUUUUAGCAGCAGCAAGAGAAGGCAGAACAGCAGAACUUACAGCUCUGCUCAACCGGCCGAAUCCUCCUGAUGUUAACUGUUCGGAUCAGUUAGGCAACACACCCUUGCACUGUGCCGCUUACCGGGCUCAUAAACAAUGUGCCUUAAAGCUUCUAAAAAGUGGAGCAGACCCUAAUCUGAAGAACAGGAAUGAUCAGAAGCCUCUUGAUCUUGCCCAGGGUGCUGAAAUGAAACAUGUUCUUGUUGGUAAUAAGAUCGUACACAAAGCUUUGAAACGAUAUGAAGGUCCUCUCUGGAAGAGUUCAAGGUUUUUUGGCUGGAGGUUAUUCUGGGUAGUGUUAGAACAUGGAGUCCUCUCAUGGUAUAGGAAACAGCCCGAUGCAGUCCAUAAUACUUAUCGCCAGGGAUGCAAGCACCUAACUCAAGCAGUCUGCACGGUAAAAUCCACUGAUAGCUGCCUCUUCUUUAUUAAAUGCUUCGAUGACACUGUUCAUAGCUUCAGGGUUCCCAAGAACAGCCUUCAGCAGACAAGAGAGGACUGGCUGGAAGCAAUAGAAGAGCAUUCUGCUUACAGCACACACUACUGUUCCCAAGACCAAGUGACUGAUGAUGAAGAAGAUGAUGCAGUUUCUGCUGUAGACUUGAAGGAAUCCUUAGAGAAAGCACAGAUAUGCCAACAGAGACUAGAUAAAGAAAUUUCCAACUUUCUCAAGAUGAUCAAGGAGGGUGACAUGGCUCAAGAAAUGCUUCCAUCGUUUCUUCAGAAAGUUGAAGUUGUUGCUGAAGCUUCUAGAGAAACUUGCAUAGCUUUGAGUGACUGCCUUCAUCUCUUCACUAAACAAGAAGGGGUGAGGAAUUUUAAAUUGGAACAGGAACAAGAAAAAAACAAAAUUUUAUCAGAAGCACUGGCGACUCUAGCCACUGAACAUCACGAAUUAGAGCAGUCUCUGGUUAAAGGUUCCCCGCCGCUGAGCAUCUUUAGUGAGGACGAGUUCUAUGAUGCACUGUCAGAUUCCGAGUCCGAAGGGUCCCUGAGCAGACUGGAAGCAGUGACCGCGCACUCCUUUGACGAGGAAGCAGAACCCCCGAGCAGUAGACAGCACAGAAUGUCCGAAGGCAAGGACUGUGGUGGUGGAGACGCGCUCUCCAAUGGCAUCAAGAAACACAGAACAAGCCUGCCUUCCCCUAUGUUUUCCAGAAAUGACUUCAGUAUCUGGAGCAUCCUCAGAAAAUGCAUCGGAAUGGAACUCUCCAAGAUCACCAUGCCAGUUAUAUUUAAUGAGCCUUUGAGCUUCCUCCAGCGACUCACUGAAUAUAUGGAGCAUACAUACCUCAUCCACAAGGCCAGCUCGCUCGCUGAUCCUGUGGAAAGGAUGCAGUGUGUGGCUGCAUUUGCUGUCUCCGCUGUUGCCUCGCAGUGGGAACGCACUGGAAAGCCUUUCAACCCACUCCUGGGAGAGACUUACGAGUUAGUUCGAGAUGACCUUGGUUUCAGACUCAUCUCUGAGCAGGUCAGCCAUCACCCACCCAUUAGUGCAUUUCAUGCUGAAGGAUUAAACAAUGAUUUCAUCUUUCAUGGCUCAAUCUAUCCCAAACUGAAGUUCUGGGGGAAGAGCGUAGAAGCAGAACCCAAAGGAACCAUCACGUUGGAGCUUCUUGAACACAAUGAAGCAUAUACGUGGACGAAUCCUACGUGCUGUGUGCACAACAUCAUCGUGGGAAAGCUCUGGAUUGAGCAGUACGGCAACGUGGAGAUCACAAACCACAAGACUGGGGACAAAUGUGUGUUGAAUUUUAAGCCAUGCGGCCUUUUUGGUAAAGAAUUACACAAAGUCGAAGGCUACAUUCAAGAUAAAAGCAAAAAGAAGCUCCGAGCCCUCUACGGGAAAUGGACAGAGUGUUUGUACAGUGUUGACCCAGCCACGUUUGAUGCUUACAAAAAAAAUGAUAAGAAAAAUACUGAGGAGAAGAAGAACAGCAAACAGGUGAGCGCUUCUGAGGAGUCAGAUGAAAUGCCAAUGCCAGAUUCCGAGAGCGUGUUCGUCAUCCCCGGGAGCGUUCUCCUGUGGCGAAUAGCCCCGCGGCCUCCGAACUCAGCCCAGAUGUACAAUUUUACUAGCUUUGCAAUGGUUUUGAAUGAAGUAGACAAGGAGAUGGAGAGCGUGAUUCCUAAGACAGACUGCAGGCUGCGGCCUGACAUCAGAGCCAUGGAGAACGGGGAGAUAGAUCAAGCUAGUGAAGAAAAAAAGCGACUCGAGGAGAAACAGAGAGCGGCCCGCAAGAACAGGUCCAAGUCGGAGGAGGACUGGAAGACGAGGUGGUUCCAUCAAGGCCCUAAUCCGUACAGCGGAGCCCAGGACUGGCUUUAUUCAGGCAGCUACUGGGACAGAAACUACUUCAAUUUGCCUGACAUUUAUUAAAAUGUAGACAAGUUGGGGCGUUGUGACUCAUCUGCAGAUAAGUCUUAAACCUAUGUUUUAAAAUUUUCUUCCUUGGUUUCUACUCAUCUUUUAAAAAAAACGGAAAAAACCCUCUCAUGAUAACUUGCCCUUCACCCAACAGAAGUGGGGUAUAGGGUGAUACCAGUGAUGAAAGUCUUAGGAAGAAUGGGUAAUUCUGCUAUCCGGUCGUGCUCCUUUGGAAUACUAUUUUAUACAGAGGUAUGGGAAACUGCUGGCAAAUAUGCUUUUGAUGGUUGCUGUUGCCAUAUUUACCGAAGGUUUAUACCUAAAUGUAACUUUAGCUUUAUGGAAUUAUAUAGUAACCCAAAUCAAGUUAUUUUGAAUAUUUUUAUGCUGUCAUGCUUGAAUGUUUUAGAUUUAACUUUGAAAUGUUUAAAAUUCUCCUAUACAAGGUUUAUAUGCUCAAAUAUAGAGGUGUAUGUCAUUUUGUAAAGAUUACAUUGAAAAGAUGGCUUUUCUUUACACUAAUCCUCUCAAUUUUGCCCCCUCCGAUCCCUAAAAAGAAAAAAAAAAAUGUCUGAAUGUUCGGAAGAGACGUUCCUAAUUUGAAAAUUCAAAACUGGAAAAGGUAUUUCAUUUGCUUAUUUUAGUACUCUGAAUUUACUUUUACAAUUUUCUAUAAUUAAUGUCAUUAGAAUUAAAAGGUGUUUGAAUUGUAUGUUUGAAAAUAUGUAUAAAACCUAGCAAUUCACAAAAAUACCAUAGAAAUAGAGGUUUUAGGCACCAUCAUUACAUAAUGACAAACCUUUUUAAAUGCUUCAACUUCCAGUGGCAAAUGCCACCAGAGAAACUCAGUUGUAUUCAUGUAUUAUAAAUAUCAAACUAUAUAAAAGGAGGUCUUGUGCAUUUCAGGUUUGCAAGGCACCUGUGUACUUAAGAUAUGUACGGAGACCUACUGUACAGUAGCUUUGCCCCUUUAAUUGGGGCACAUUAAUCACAUGGUAUUUAUCUACCCAACCCCAGACUGAGAUUUUGCUCCUAGGGGCCUUAGGUAACUGCCAGUAAGUUAUUUCAAUGGCUGUCUCAAAGUUAACAAGUGUUAUAAUGAAAUAAUCUACCUGAUGCUAAUAAAGGCUUUAGAAUGUUCUAAA